AUGACGGAGGAGGCGCUCUGCCCGCGGGGGCUGUGUGUCGCGUGCACGGACGUGGCCAUCAGCGCGUUCGAGUUCCGCGUGAUGGUGCGCAACUCGCAGAAGAUUUGGUCCAACUGCCUUGCCAGCAUUGACUGCGCCGCCGAGUCCUGCGUGCCGCCGCGCUCCUUCUACGCGGUGAUGAGAGCAGACCUCUCGAUGUCGUCCGUGAACGAGUUCGUCGGCGACUCCAAGUCCCUCUUGAACCAUUUGUUCAACCGCCUUUCCAAAAAGAAGCCCGUGGCUACGGAGAGGAGGCCAAGGGCCGCGCGCACCGGGCCCCCCUGCGGCUGCACCGACUGCGGCAAGCGCUUCCUCAGCCCCUACUACUUGAACCUGCACCUGAAGAACAGUGGUCAGAAGGAGGCCUGCAUGCUCUGCGGCUCCGUGGUGAUCAGGGGGCUGGAGAUGAAGGAGCACCUGCAGACCGCCCACGGGGAGCAGGCCCACCUCUGCAACGACUGUCCAAUGCUGUUCGCGGACGAACUCGAGCUGAGGAAGCACGCGAAGAAGUCGCACAGGGCGGGCGCGCUGACCUGCGGCGACUGCGGCCGCACCUUCCCGCGCCACACCUCCUUCGAGGUGCACUCGCAGAUGCACGCGGUGCGCACGUGCCGCGCGUGCGGCGCCCAGUUCACGAACCGCGGCUGCUACCGGGAGCACCGCUCCAAGUGCGAGCCCGAGGCGAAGCCCGACAUAAAGUCGGUGCCGCGCAGCCGCCGCUCGAACAUCCGCGACCCGGCCACCUUCAUAUGCGACCACUGCGGCAAGACGUACCACUCGCGGCCCCAGCUGAAGAACCACAUCGUGUGGAUCCACAUGGACAUCCGGCCGCACCAGUGCCAGUGGUGCGGCAAGCGGUUCUACACGCCCACCCGCCUGGCGGAGCACAGCGUGGUGCACACGCGCGAGCGCAACUUCGAGUGCGACAUAUGCGGCGCCAAGCUGGUCUCCAAGAUGGCGGCCGUGUACCACAGGCGGCGGCACACGGGCGAGAAACCCUACGAGUGCGACGAGUGCGGCGAGAGAUUCAUAUCGUCGUCGCGCCGCUCGGAGCACGCGAAGCGCCGCCACGGCAAAGGCGUCAGGAUGCAGUGCAUGGAGUGCCCGGCGAGCUUCGUGCGCAGCCACGAGCUGAGGAAGCACAUUGAGCGCGCGCACAGGACGCACGGACCGCAGAUGAUGGUGAAGGUGAAGGCC